CCAAGUUUGUAUAUUUUACAAAGCGACACCAUCGCAUUUGACAGCUGUCUCGAGCAGACGUCUAUGAAAGAAUGGCGCUCGUCGAUUUAGGAAACGACGCGAAUGCCUGGGAAAAGGAGUUCUCAUCUGCUGAAAAAUUACAUUUUUCAUUACUGGGGAUUUUAAAUGAAAGGGAUCACCUACCAAAGAAUUCUCAAGCACAUGCAAGACUUUCUUUUCAGUUGAGGAAUAGCUUGAGUCAACUUUACAGUGAAAUCCAAAGUCUUAAAGGACAUCUUGAACACCUCUCACAAAAUAAACAAUUGACUGCAAGAGAGAAAGAACGGCGGGGCCUUCUCCUUGAAGAUCUUUUAAGCAAACAUAAGCAGCUUCUGAAUUCUGUCAAUAGCAGCGUGUUGGAUAAGAGCCAAUCCCUUAGUAAAUUGUCAUCAGGAACAACAGCCUCUUCAAAUCCAUUAUCAUCUGCAAUGACUAGUGAACAUAUCCCUCAUCGUGAACUCAAACAAAUCCAAGUCCAAAUUAUGGCAGAUCAAGACAGAGGGCUGGAUGAGCUUUCGAGAAUUAUUGGCAGGCAAAGGCAAAUUGCCCAGACAAUUGGUGAUGAAGUUGAAUCACAAAAUGAUUUGAUUGAAAACAUCGCAGACAACGUUGAUCGCACUCGUGAUCGAAUGGCACAGCAAACUUCAACAAUAACUGUAGUUGAUCGGAAGGAUCGUACUUUUGGAUAUUGGAUGGUAAUCCUGUUGUUGUUUGUUGCCAUCGUUGUAGUCGCUUCUAUUCCGAAACAUUAAUGAGAAAUUCCAAAGCUGCCUAAGUUAAUUUGACCGUAUCUCGUCCUUAAAACUACAUCGAUUCUAUUAAAAUGAUGAAAGAGAAAAAUAUAUAACGCAAUUUAUUCUCGAAA